UCGGCUCUAUCAUUAUCUUCACACAGCUAAAGCUAUCAAAGCUUUUAAAUUGAUAAAGUUACUAAGUGUAUUUGGAAAAUUACUCGAUCUGCUACAAUGGCUACCGGAGUCACCUUUGAGGAUAUAAGACAGGCUAUUGAAGAACUACGGUCAGAGCAACAAUCUCAAAGCCAGCUAGAAGCCAGCCAUGUUGGCAAUAAGCAGAACCAGUGGCAGAAACCAAUCACAGAAUAUGGACGGAACGAUCCCGAAUGGCAGGUCAAUCUGUUAGCGUCGCCAUUUGUGGGCAAUAUUGAAGUUGAUGACUCGGACUGGAAGGAAUCAAUGAAGACAGUGGACGUAGUGAUGAAAUUACUCUUGAUAGAGAUUAAAAGUCGGGCUGUAAAAGACUUUCGAGGUCUUCGUAUCGGCUCAUACGUCAGACAGGGAAGCUCCCGAGAAGGUCUGAAAGUCCUGAAAGCCGACGAGUUCGACACAAUGCUUGAAUUUCAUUUUGACAAACUUAACAUUCAACAAACGCACAUCAAGAACAUGGAUGGAUAUCACAUUCCAGGACAUUGCUACUUGGAAAUUAAUGGUUUGGAUUUGAAUGAUCCAAGAAAUGAGUAUGAGGGAUUACACGCUAAAAACGUGUUUAUUGAAUCUGCUGGAAAAAUGUAUUUGAGUUCGAAAAAUCUUCACACGAAAGUUUUUCAGUCGAUGGUUGACAAGGCAAUAGAAAACAUAAAUCAACAGAUUUACAACCACGAUAUCAUCACGGGACAAAAAUGUGAAUUUGUUUUGAAAAAUGAUAAACCAAUAAAGAGAAAAAUGAAUCCACCCUCUAUCAACGUAACCAUCAAGCUUAAAAGGGGCGUGAUCUACGAGAGAUUGGGGAGUGUAAACGCUGACAAGGAACUGAAUUUAGACUUUGUCCCAGCCUUUCGUUUACCUCGUGACAAAACAACUACGUACGAGGAUGUUUUGCUUGAUUGUCCGAUACACGCAAUAUGCAAAUGGGCAGAAGAAAACAGCUUCAAGGCGCUUGAAUUUGUAGACCAGAACCUCAUUUGGGAUGUCAAGUCGCUCGGUUACGAAAGGCAUAUUCUGGACGUUGCACGAAGAGACAAAAGAAAGUUGUACAUUCUGACAGCGCUCAGAAUUCUAAAAACUUACUUCGUGAAAACGAAGGAGAUUGCAAGUUCUCCUCCACAGCUUGUAGCAGUGCUGAAGUCUUACCACCUCAAACAGUUGGCCUUUUACCUACUCAACUUUCUCUGUCACAAGUACCCACACUUUGAAGUAGAUGGUGUACAGAGAGCAUUGCUCUAUUUCAUCUGCAUCAUGCGCACUGCCCUGAACGAAAAGCGUCUGCCUCACUUAUUUUUCUCGGACAACAGCGUGAUUGAAACAAUGCUUCCAGGAUACCCGCGGCUACCUGCUCCUAAGCUAAGGUUUGAUUUGUUUAGAACAGUACGUCGCAAUGAUUCCCUCUCGCAGGCAUUGCUAUCGCUGGACAAUCAUCUCAUACCAAAUUUGGGUUUUUCAACUGGAGGUGGCAGUGGUUUACAUGAUUAUGAGAUGGCACGAGUUGAACAAGAGUUUCAACACACAGUUGCUGGCAACGAUUAUUUCUGAAUGCAUACGGUCAAAUGCCGAUUGGAAGCGCAGCAGCCUACGAGUGUGGUGUACAUUUUAUGUUAGUAGUGUGAUCUAUUAGUCAAUUGCCUGAUAAACGUACUGUAAGGAUGGUUUAAAUGAUGAUACAUUUAAUGUUUUGAGAAUGUUUUGAAUGCAAAAAACAAAGCACAAUUGACUUUGUAUAAACAUUUCUUUAUCGAAUGAAUUAUGUUGUCUGGUUAAAAUUUGAAUAGAUCCUUAAGCAGUACAUUUUUCGAUGAUGUGAGUGUUAUACUUUGAACAUGUUUGGAUAAACUAUUUGGUAGAAUUUGUUUUUGUGAUACUUUUUCUUUUAAUUGUAUUUCAACUUCGUUUACUUAGUUUAGUAUAUUUAUUGUAAUCAUUUUAUUUUCGCCUCCAGUAUACUGGCUUUCCCAUUUUGAGUUUAUUUAAUUCUAGUUAAACAAAGUGCUUUUGGAAUAUGUUUUUUUGUGGAUGGGGGGAUUUCAUAUGUCUAGCUGUUGAAUAAUUUUGUAGAAGGAUUUAGUCAAUUUUCAUAGUGUGCAUGCCACAUUUUAAAAAUAUUUUUUAAACAUGGCGAUGUGUUAAAGAGAACAGUCAUGUUUUUGAUAUUGCUCAAAACUUACGGUCUGUUAAGCUUUAUGUGGCAUUUUCAUUAUUCAAAACAUAAAUCUGCGAUAUAUGGAUACUAUACUAAUAUUUGACAGUGAACCAGAUGAUGAUAACACUUUUUGUCAAGAUUUUGAGGAACAAAAUGAUAGUAUAUUCAUGGAAUAAAGUCACAAUUAUGCUAGAGAAUCACUUAUUUAAGAGCAUAAUUUGUAUUAUUUUCGCAUAUUUCAAUAAACAGGUUCAAGGUGA